UUGCUUGUGUUUGUGACAACACCAGACACUGGUUCGGCGACAAUGGAGUCUGUCGAGCAGCUGGACUCCGAAAUCAGCGACCUACACGUCCGCAUAGCGACUCUGAAAGCACACCGCGCCAAUCUAUCCUCGGUCCUCCUCUCACAGCCAAAUCUCGCAGCACGCCUUGGGAACGAUGCGACCGCAAAGCGUCUGAUCGACCAACAGUCGAAACGGAAUCUCGAAAAUACAUAUCGCGCAUGCGUAGGCGUGACUGCGUAUAGAGUCAAAGACCCAGACCCACAUGCCGUAAACAAUGGCGAUGUUCUAGGACUGAGCAUUGAGGUGCCUAUCGACGGUGGGUUCGUUGAUACCUACCAUGUUCUCCUCACAGUUGAAGAUCACGACACCUCGAAAAGCCUGCGAAUCCACAAACACACAAUACCGUCGUGUAUCCCAUUGCAGCGAUUAGCGAACAAGUGGUUACCGCAAGCCGCGAGGGAUGCAGACAGUGAAAAGCAUCCAGGUCAGGACCUUGUUAAGUUCGGGCGAGCGCUGCGGCGAGAGCUGGUCAGUUGGCACAUGCGCCUCGAGACGGUGCAAGAUUUGAGGAGCCAGGCAAAGCUCCCGGGUCUACAGGCGGAAGACGGUGGUGAAGAAGUUGUCAUCUCUGGCGGCAGGGUGCUGAACGCAUUUGUGAGCGACGACAGCUCGGACGCCGAGGAAGACGAUGGAAAUGGUCCCGUCCGUAUAUUGGAUAUGGAAGCAGAUGCCGCUGUGGGACAAGUGACAAUAACAUGGUCAGACGGACGCACGGCAGUACUUGUAGUCACCAAGGACGGCAGGGUCGAGAAAGCUAUCUGCAGAGCAAGAGGAGGAAGUCGCGAUGCUGUGUCCAGCACGAAAGCCGUAGGGCCUCUCAGUGGACUGCUACGCAGGCUAUCAUCGUGAGUAUGUCUUGGUUUGAGGGUUUCACAGCAGGCGUUAGAGACAGGCUACGAUACCCAGUUUUUGAGCGGACAAUGCAAUCCUUCUGCAUGGAUUCUACACCAUGCAUGAGACGAUCCGGAUGUGGAGCUUGAUAGCAACACAGCUGCAAGCCGUCGAGCCAAUAAGGUACUCACAGCGCCGGUCUCGGUCUUUCAUCGUCACGAGGUCUGACUUAAUGAGCACCAUCUCGAUCAGCCUUCGUCAUACCCAAGGCUUCACGAAAAUUUACUCAGUUCUCGUGGAGACUCACAGCUUUGUAAACGUUGGACUAGACCGUGAGCACUUUGUAAGACUCACCUGAUCCGAGUUGCCGAGAAGCCACGAGUCCACGGCAGCCGCGCCCUCCACCUCGUCGGACCCCCAAAACGUCAACUGCCUAACGAAAGCCGUGCAAGCGUGGAAGCAGAGCGGCGAGAGAUGCCGCAAGCAGACGAGCA